AUGGCCCAACCAGCAUCUCAUGACUGGGGCCUAGGGCGUCUCCCGCCCGAGCUGCGGCUCAGGAUCUGGGAGGCGACAUGGCCCGCCACGCGUCUCAUCGAGGUGCAUCUGCCCCCUGGCGGCGGCGGCAAGAUGCCUCGACGGAUCACACCGAGUCGGCAGGUUGGUGAUGAGAAGAUUACGGUGUGGAACUCGACAUUGCGACGGCUCGAGGACGUUGUGUGCCGGCCGUACACCCAUCCAGUCGCCCUCGAUGUAUGCCGGGAAGCUCGAAACCACACGCUCCAGGCGUACGCGCGCCUGCAGCACCGCCAGGAGCCCCAUUGCGUCUUCUACUUCCACCCGGCCCACGAUGUACUGUGGCUGCACCGCGACCUGUCGCAAUUCGACACGGCAGCUCUGGGCCGGGUGCAACGCGUGCUGUUCAAGGACGUCGAGCGGGCCGACGACAGCGACGCAGACAAGAAGCAGCGGCGGCGGGAGCUUCUAGAGAUGGUCGAGUCGAUGGGUAGCGUGCGCGAGGUCAUGGUGCUGGCCCACUGGACGAGCAUCGCAGAUAUCGACGGGGCCACGAGCAUAGAGAAUCUUUACGACUGGAUGCAAUACUUCAUGUCGAUCCUGGACGAGAACUGGGAGAUUAUGGACGGCCAUUCCUGGGUCCUGCAGUUUCUGAGCACGUGGUCCGAACUGGGCGUCUGUUUUGAGAGCGGUGAUGCGAAGAUCUGGGGCGAUGCCAGAGAAGGGCCGCUGUAUUCAUGCCCGAGUCACGACGUUGUGUACAGGAAGCGACUGGUCGAGAGGUUUCCCAAGCAAUUCGAGCACAUCAGCAGGAUGGCGUAG